UUGCGCCAUUAAUUAGAAACGUAAGCGGCAAUUGCGCUUGCGCCCUACCUAAUCUGACCCCACCCAUGUUCUUUAAAUACGUCCCGCAUGCGUUCUCAUUCUCAUUAUGUUUCUUCUUUCAUCAAAACUUCUUCUUAGGCGUUUGUUUGUUCAUAAGUUUUGGUUUUAAUCUCUUGUUCGUUAUGAUGUUUUACCAAAAUCGUUUUAUGAUUCUCUUGUACCCUUACGUUAUUCUUUUUCUUUUUAAUGGCAAACUCAAAUCCGGUGGUCAAGUUGAUGAUGACCAAUCUCAGAUCCUUGAUCCUGGUAGGGAUGAUGAUGAGGGCUUAAACCCACAUCCUUGAUCGCUGAUUAGGAAUGGUCUUAGAUGUUUCUUUUUGUUUUGUUUUUCUGUUUCAUUCGGAUGAUUUUAUGAAAUCGUUUUCUAUGUUUUUAAAAAAAAAACUAUAUGAUUUUCAGUGGUAAUUCUCUAUGGGUCAAUCCCAUACCACAAUGGUUUAAUUGCCGUGUCCCACAUACCCAAAGCCCAAUACUAUUCGGCCCAAUAUGAUUUAAUGCCCUGAUAUUUAGUGGCUUUCGGUUCGUUGUUUCAAUCUCUAGGGUUUUUCAAAAGUCGACUCUCCCUCACCGGCGAGAUAUUCAACCGAGUCUCAGGCUUGUUUUCGAAAGUCGCAUCUCUCUCUCUCUUUCUACAGAGAUAUUCCACCACGAUUUGCAGAAUGACUGGAACAGAUAAAGCCAUAUUCUACAUUAGUGUCGAUCCUUCAAAUGUGGAACUAGCUGCUGUGCUCUACAUCAGCGUAUUCAAGGCCGAGAGAAUCACACAAUAUGAUGAUGGAAGUGUUGAGCUUAAGAUUUUCGAUUCGUCUGUGUUGGUCACGAGUGGCUCUCCUCGUUUCAGGUCCAUUGUGGAACUCCGAGUGGAUCCUCAUACCAUCUCUUUGGUUAUAGAUAGCCAAGCUUUUGUUGCGACAGAUCUAAAACUAAAUCUCUCUUCACAAUAUCUCCUGAAAGUGAUAGACCCUUUCCAAGUCAUUUGGCUGUUAAGUAUAAAGGAGUUUUCUGAUGGUUUGCGUUAUCUUCCUUCUUGUACCAAAUGCAAAUACCCUUCACAUCAUCGCCCCGCUCUCUGUUCCGAGAUGACAAGAUGGCAACUAAUGAUUGGCCAAUCACUUGAGACUCGAGAGUUGUUAGGGAUCGAACCCUAUUUUAGAGACAUCGAAACCUUAGAAGCGGACUUGUUCCGGAUAAGAGAAUGUAGGACUUUCUACGAAAUUCUUAAUGUCAGAUCCUUCGUAGGUGUUUUGUCUACCACACUGGACGAGUUGGAACGUUUUAACACCCUAUUGCAAGGAUUGCAUGUGGUUCGGGCUCUGAACCCGACCUACGAAGCUGCUGGCAACUUCAAGAAUCUGUUACGUUCUGCUGUAAACAGUUACAACAGUCUACUGGAGGCCAUUAUUCCUACGGGAAUGGCUAGGGAAACGCGUGAGCUGCCUAACCCUGUUGCAACUCGGGCACGUGCAGCUGAUAAUUGGAGGCAAUUGGUGAAGCGUUGCCACUCUGCUAGAUUUCUCAUGAACAACAAAUUAAGUAAGGCUAACACUCGUGAGGAGCUAUGGAUGUCGGACCUCCUCUAUGACGAGGUAUCAGAUUGGAGGAAACAAAAUAUAUGAUAUCCAGAUUUCUCAUGAACUUGGGUUUUCUUCUUUUGAAUUAGUAAGAGCUUUAAUUAGUUUAUUUACUUGUUUGAUUUUUAAACAUUUCAUUCUCUAAGCUUGUUUUUCUUGUCACUCCUUGGAUAUUGGGUUUUAUCUAGUUCAUGCUUUUGUUAUAUAUAAAAACUUUUAAUUUCAAAAAAUUGAACAUGCUAAUAUGUGCCUGAUCUAAUGUACAACACUUGAUAUCAAUAUUAGUACACAAACUUACGCCCUGGAAGAACACAGAAUAAAAUAUGAUCCACAACAUUUAUGUAUUCUAUUCAUUUGUAGCUAGUGACUCUUUCUUUUCUGGUCACCCGAAAUCAUUUAUAUUGAGAAUCCACUGUGUUGUAUUAUUUAUUUGUAUAAAAUAUGGUAGGAUGCUUUACCAAAA